GGGCAGGACCAGGAUAUGAGAUCCUGGAGGAAAGAAAAGGUGUAGUGUUUGGGGUGGUCAGCGGGCUAGGUUGGCACAGCAGGGCUGGGCUGUUCGGAAUACGUAAUACCCAGGUUGCCUGAACGUAAGAUAAAGCCAGAGGCGAAAUCUCCCCGUGACCACUGUGGGGGCUUCGGCAGAAGCAUGGAUCUCGGAUCCUCUGACCUGCUGGAUGUAUUGCUGGAGCCCCCAGAAGAUAUCUUCUCAACAGGAUCCUUACUGGAACUGGGAUUCAACUGUUCCCCUCCAGAGGUUCCAAUGACUAGGCUACAAGAACAGGGGCUGCAAGGCUGGGAAUCUAGUGGGGGCCAUAGCUGUGGCCUUCAAGAGAAUGAGUCUGAAGAUUUUCUGAAGCUUUUCAUUGAUCCCAAUGAGGUAUACCGUUCAGAAGCAUCUCCUGGCAGUGACAGUGGCAACUCUGAGGAUCCUGGCUGCUCAGAUAGUCCCUGUGCCACGCAGGCACCCAGCUCUCCUGCCCUCUAUGAGGUUGUCUAUGAGGCAGGGACCCUGCAGAGGAUGCAGGGGGAAGAUGGGCCAACCUUAGGACUCAUCUCCAUUCAGCUAGAUCAGUGGAGCCCACAAUUCAUGGUGCCAGAUGCCUGCAUGGUCAGUGAACUGCCCUUCGAUGCUCAUGCACACAUCCUGCCCAGAGGCACUGUAGCCCCAGUGCCUCCUGCAACACUUCUGCCCUGUCAAACUCUGUUCUUGACAGAUGAGGAGAAGCGUCUGCUGGGGCAGGAAGGGGUUUCCCUGCCUUCUCACCUGCCCCUCACCAAGGCAGAGGAGAAGGUCCUCAAGAAAGUCAGGAGGAAAAUUCGUAACAAGCAGUCAGCUCAGGACAGUCGGCGACGAAAGAAAGAAUACAUUGAUGGGCUGGAGAGCAGGGUGGCAGCCUGUUCUGCACAGAAUCAGGAACUACAGAAAAAAGUCCAGGAGCUGGAGAGACAUAACAUCUCCUUGGUGGCUCAGCUCCAUCAGCUACAGAAGCUCAUUGCUCAAACCUCAAACAAAGCUGCCCAGACAAGCACUUGUGUUCUGAUCCUUCUUUUUUCUUUGGUUCUCAUCAUCCUGCCCAGCUUCAGCCCCUUUCAGGGUCUACCAGAAGCUGGGCCUGAGGAUUACCAGCCUCAUGGAGUGAUUUCCAGAAAUAUCUUGACCCACAUGGAUAAGACAGAAAGUCUAGAGACUCCAGUGGAAGAGUUCAAAAUGGGAGAGCCACCUGGAGCCCAGAGUGCAAACAAGUCAACAAGAACACUGCUAGAGAAGAUGGGAGUAAAGACUGGGCCUACUGGGCAUAUCAGAACUGUGCUGCAUGCAGAUGAGAUGUGAGCUGGAACCUUCCUGGCCCAUUCCCCAUAAAAUAAGGAAUCCAGGGCUCCUUUAUGGCUCUGCUUCCCCCUGGGAUUCCCACUCAGGUGUCUUUGCUCUUGGGGGUCUGAAUCACUUCAGGACAACCUAGGAGAUGUCUGCAUCCUGAGGCCCAGUUAGACUGUAUGAAAGAGCACCUCAAAUACUUUUGUUAUGUAUCUGUGAUUUUAUUUCUUCUUUGGAGAUAUAGUAGAGGGAAACAAAAGUUUUGACUAAGAAAUAAACUUUCUAGUUAAAAUUGUGUCCCAGAAGUUUUAAAUGAGUAGUAAAAGGGGGGAAGAUAGGUACUUGGGAGAUUGCCACCCUCUUUUCUCUCUGCUCCCAUGAUUUCUUGCCCCACACCAAAUUACUAUAGGAAGAAGGAAACUGGGGCUGGGGAAGAUAGCUCAGUCUGUAGAGUGCUUGCCUUGUAGGCACAAGGCCCUGGGUUCGA